ACGUCACUUCCCAGUUAAACGUGGCCGCCUGGCAAGCUAGGAGUGGCAACCAAGCGAGCGUCGCGAGCUGUCAAGCGCGGCCCCGUUCACAGCCUGUGAUCGAGAGAGACGGUUUGGUGGAGCGUUUCAUCUUAGCCGGCACAGCUGGUCGUUUAAAUGACUCGACGGAACGGCCGUUGAGAGAGCGCGUAAUCGGUCAUUCGAGUUGUGUUUUCACCCGCCGGUCAGGCACCGCGAGACCGUCACCUCAGGCUGAAAGAAAAACAUGUCGUCCUCGGGCGAUUUCGGCAACCCGUUGCGGAAGUUCAAGCUCGUCUUUCUCGGCGAGCAGAGCGUCGGGAAGACUUCUCUCAUUACACGGUUUAUGUAUGACAGCUUUGACAACACGUACCAGGCUACGAUAGGUAUAGACUUCUUAAGCAAAACUAUGUAUCUCGAAGAUAGAACCGUGAGAUUACAGCUGUGGGAUACAGCGGGGCAAGAGCGGUUCCGCUCUCUGAUACCUAGUUACAUCAGAGAUUCCACAGUCGCGGUGGUUGUUUACGAUAUUACCAACGCCAACUCGUUUCACCAAACAUCCAAAUGGAUAGACGAUGUGCGGACUGAAAGAGGAAGUGAUGUGAUAAUUAUGCUAGUGGGCAAUAAAACAGAUUUGAGUGAUAAGAGGCAAGUUUCGACGGAGGAAGGCGAGCGGAAAGCAAAGGAACUAAAUGUGAUGUUUAUCGAAACUAGUGCUAAGGCUGGCUACAAUGUUAAACAGCUGUUUAGAAGAGUAGCGGCGGCUUUGCCGGGUAUGGACUCCACCGAAAACAAGCCUCCCGAAGACACUGUCGACUUGCAGAAUCAAUCGCCGAUGCAGAACGGCUCCGAGUCGGAGGGGGAGAGCGGCUGUAUCUGCUAGGGAGAUUCGUCUGUAUCCAAGGAGACAGAGAAACGAACAGGGGAAAAAGAGAUCGCGGUCAAUCUCCUGACACGAAUCACCAUACCAUUGCGAGACGCUGCUGGCUUCUUCUGACGUCGAUAAGGGAACAGGGGCCCUUCGUCGCCGAUCUCGGGCCCUAAGUAUCGUUUCAAGUGCUACUAGACGAACUCGAGCGAUAUCUAAUACUAGCUACUUGCGUUGUUUUCGGGCCGGCUUCGUGCAAAGAUAAUGAUAAAAGAAAAAAAAACGAAAAAAAGCAACACAUACAUACACACUCAUGUAAACAGGCGAGCACACCCCUCGCGUCGGGGUGUUCCUCUAGGGAGUCACUCUCCGUUUAAGCUUGAAACGAUGAUAGCUGCGGAAUCCACGUGAAUCCCCUUCGCUGCCCCUCUCAACCCCUACAGUCGAACUGGUUCAACCCUCUCGCGUAGAAUUACAAAUAUCUCGGCGCGGAACGCGGUUCCCGCGGAUAUUGCAGUCACGAAUACAAUUCGAUGGUUUUUCAAUCAACGCGAAAGCGGUGAGGCUUUCAUUCGGACGUGUCGCAAGUGUCAAUUUGUAGUGAGGACAAUUAGGGAUAAUUGUGGGAUGACUAUCGUAGAAAUUGAUAUUGUUAUUCGCAUAGGAGUUCGUGUGAUGAUUGUGAUAACGUGUCUGUGACCAAUCGACGCGAGGGGGUUGCGGAGUUGAAUCGUCACGGCGGCGUUUAUGUCGAUCUUAACCAAUAUCUCUCGGCUUCUGAUGAAUCCUACAUAUCAUCAUUCUUAUCGAAAGUGUCUUCUAAUCUUUGCGAUUGACUUCUUAUCUACAGCGGUAACUCAAUCGAGAUUCCUCGAGAUACAUUUAUGCUUUCGAUUGAAUUCCAGACACGUCAGAGCUUAGAGACUUUGAAAUAACAGAAAGAAUUGGCCAUACAUAUCGAUUACAUGAUUGCAAUAUCAAUGAGUGUCUGAUUAAUCCGUCAUAUAUGCAAUUUUUUUAAUUAUUUUAUGCUAUUGUGUUCAAUUGUUGUUUAGUGCUGUUUGCGCGAUAUAUUCUUUUUCAGUGACAUAUUUCUGCUCAACUAAAAUUAUUUAUGAUGUCACUUGUCUCACGUGGCAUUUGAUCUUUUUCAUUCGUUUCGUUCGAUAUUCAAAAGUUACAUUUGUCAAUGGAAUAUGAAUUAUUGCGAGACGGCUGAGGCGUCUCUUUGUCUUUCUUAAAUGUCAGGUGUGUUCGAUCGAUUGAUGGUCGCCGUAGGGAAAGAAUCAAUUCGCCGGCUGGUCUGCGAUUAGUGGAAAUCACCGCUACAUCCUUCCAAGUUUGAGCACACGUACACACACAUACACACUGUCUCUUCGUUCGGAGAUUCUGUAUUGUAACCAACGCGCACAAAAGACAGGCGAAGCUUGAGGAGAAGGAACACAGCUCGAUCGCGUGUACUUAGUGAGAAGAAAGGUGGAGGAUAUAAGAGGGGAAAGAAAUGGGCGAAGCAUGACUGAAAGUAAUCGUUCUCCGUGGGAUUUAAUUAAGCCGCUACUAAGCUAAUUACGAUGAGUUCGCGAGUUUCUCAAAGACAGCACGUGUUUAUCGGCGAGGUGUUGUUCGUUCGAGGAUCUUUCUAAUGUACCACGUAUUACGAAUCUUUAUAGACGUUUUUCGAUAUCUCUUGAUAAUAAGCGACUAUAACUUGAUAACGAGACUCAAGUCUGUAGGCCGACGCCGUUAGGGGAGUUACGCGUGCGUGCACAAACGACCAAAGUCACCUGCGAGUUCACUUUCAUUGGGAGUCGUCGCUUGCCUUGUGCUCUCCUGUGUGAUAUAUUCCGCAAACGUUCAAUCGCACCUGUGUACACAUGUAUCCGUUCUAUUUCCCCCGAACGAGUUAAUUGCACAAAUGUUUCCGAGGAACGUCCCGCGGGACGUUUGGAAGAUGUCCGAGAAGUUAACACCUGAAUCAAGAGUGAAUCGCCUCGUUAUACGAUGUUGUAAAACUGCUCGAUGCAAAGUGUAAAUUACCGGCAACUCGAUUUGCACUCGAGCUGCCGACAAUUGCAUUUGGAUUAUUAACUUUUGAAUUUAAAUUCAGGGCAUUAACGGUUGAAUUUAGAUGACAAUUGUAAGUCGCACGUGUACAAACGGUAAAUUUAAUCGUGUCCGAGAAUCCGUGCGGAAUCCGCGCAAUUCGAGAAAGGCAUCGUUGAGUUCAAUUGAAUUUGUUAAAAACGGACGUUUGGUCAUUUGUGCAAGAGAGGAGACGCCUACGCUACGCCAAACGCAAACACCCGUCGAAUGUUUCUCUAGAAGACGAUUAAUCGAGGCUUGUCGGAGUAAUAAAUCAAUUAUUAGCCGUGCUUCACGCGAAAUCUCUCCACGAGCCCUAGCCACGUCGUCUCUGUCCCUUUGCACUCGCAGAUCGCCUAAGCGCGACACGAAUUAUUUUCACAUACUACAAAUACUUAUUUUCACCAUACUUGAGUUGUGCGCAUUUUAUGUACAGAAAAUUACAAUUUUGCCAGAAUAUUUUAUUGACUGCUCAUAUUUUCCAUUCGAUACAUCGAAUACAUCGAAUUAUGCUGAGAAUAGUAAGAAAUAAAAUUUGAUAAAUUUAGAAUAACGAGUGAAUUAAUCGAUAUACUCACAUUCGGUAUAAAAAUCAAAUUUAUCCAUUAUCCACUUGUAUAUCAUAAUCUGUAUAAUUUGUAGUAUAUUCAUGCCUCCGUAUGAAUAAGUUACUUCUCCAAAUAAGAAAGGUUCGUUUACUUGGCUGGCUUUUGUUCACUUAAAGCCGUGACGACGCGAAGUAACAUAUAUUUUUGGACAAAAUUGACAGAGACGAGUGCAGAGGGACAGGCACUAUCUCUCUCUAGCCAGCCCCUAUAUAACGUGUCGUGUAGCGUUAAUCCGACAGUGUCGCACAGCAAUAUUGAGUAUGUACCGCGAGAUGGUUUUUCCGAGCACUAUUUCGAGGCAACGCGUUCGAGGGCGGAUCUAUGAAGUUUAAUAUAGGGAAAAGUUGUGAGGGCUCAAUUAUACUUUCACGCGGAAGGCUUCAUCGUAAUCAUCACUCGUGUAUAUGUUGAAUUUGUAUGUUACUGUGAUUAUGAUUUGUUAGCACAAAUAUAAUAUAAUGACCCAACGAUCACGAAUCAAUCAAUCAUAUCUCACCAUCGUAAGUGAUUGUGUCGUUCGUAUUGUCGAGUUACACGUUACUCAAUUAGCUCACUCGACUAGCGUUUUCGCCUGCUUUAUUAAAUUACAUCGAUUUUGCGGUUUAGAUUCGAAAUUCAGCGCAACAGACAAACCAAUUAAUUGGUCUACACUUCAUCACAUUUUGCGAAACAAUACAUGUCGAAACAAAUUAGUCCGUGAUCGAGUGAUUAAUUUCUCGGGACUUGACAUUAAUUUGGAUCAUGAGAAUUAUUUGUUUCGGAAUUUUACAAGACUUGAGAGAAGAGUGGAACUCUCUUUCUCUCUCUUUCUUUCUUUCUCUCUUUCUCCUUCUCUUUCUUUCUCGAAUCCGCCCUUAAACGUGUGCGCAUCCCUCUUUUAUUUGUUUCGCAGGGAAAGACACUCGCCUGCAAUAAUCCCAGGCGGCGAGAGAAUGAAGAAAUUUUCCUUGUAUAAAUAUAAUGAAAGUCGUACAUUUAUAAAUUGCCCAAUUCAUAAAUGUAUAAAUUCAUGAAUAUUUAUCCCGUUAAUCUUUCUCUUGGGAGUGCGAUGCGGUCCUUACGAGAAAGCUUAAAGGGAACCGCGCGGUGUAUCCUACUCUUCGUGGAGAAGGAGCGAAGCAUCGCAGGAAAGUUGCAGGCGAUGUCUUUCCCAUAGAUGUAACUGAUAAGUAAACCGAAGUAUGCCGAUCUAGUCGAAAUGAUCGUCGUGUAGUGAAUCGAGCAGUCACUUUAAUUGCUCGUCGAUUAUCAAUUGAUAUUCGACCGAUGACGGUUACGUUUGCGGCAUAAGCACUUUUCUAACAACCGAGAAAUAUUGUCUCCUUGUUUCAUCGUUAGAUCUCGAGAGAGAGACUUCGUGCAACUGAACACUAAAUUAAGAGAUUAACGAGUCAAGUACUUUCGUUGAGAGGAAGCUUAGAAGACUUUUAUUGAGAAUUAAUAAGAAAGAAGGAAACUAACAUUUUAUACUGUACGAUUGUUAUUAUUUAUCUUCAAUAUGGACAUCUCGUAAUGUCGCACACUUGUAUCGAUAUCUAAUAUUAAUAUUUAACACAGUGACAUUAUUAAUAUUAAAUAUAAUUGUUGGAAUUGUUUCUUAGUGUUCAACGCGUGGUGCUAAAAGAGACUUGAUAGCGGUAAAGAGCUCCAAUUAGGCUAAUUAAUGUUGAGGGGUACAAUUGAAACGAAUGUUCCGACUAGACCGGAGCCUCAAGUGCAUUUACGACUUAUUAUAUAUAUAUAUAAUUAUACAAAGGUAUAUAAAUAUAUAAAUAUGUCGAGACGAGAACUUCGUUAUAGGAGUGGUUAUGUCGAACGAGAGAAGGAGCGGUCCUUUUGCUAUUGUUUAUUGUUUGCUGUAGCAUAAAGUAAGGGUCCUAGUCGAGUAGCAACGGUGGAUCGAAAUCGGUAUAAUUUCGAUGAGUUCAAAUUCCGGUGCGAACGAUACGUAUGCAAGAUGUCCUGUGCUCGUAAUGUAGGGAAAGAGAAGGUGAAAUCUCGUGAAGAGAACAGAAUAGGAAAGGGCAGAACGUAGAACAGAAUUUUGUCACGCAAGUUUUUCUUUUUUCCAGAGAAUCGACGAUAUCUUCCUGCUUUCCUAAACGCGAGAGACCUUCAACAACGUUUGUGACACGUUGUUGAAUUCGUCUCGAUGACGGUUAUCGGGGUAAAUUACGAGGAAAAACAUAUUUCACACGAUGUUCGCAGGCACUCUGUACUCGUGUAUAGAUAAAUUAUCGUUACAAAAUGAAGUUCACUUUUCCGUGACCGUGACAUCGAAAAUUAAAUUCACCGAAAUUAUAACGCUUUCCAAGCCUGACUGUAGCAAUGGCGGAUUAUCGUUUCAGCUUCGUGCUACGUAGUUGUAGCAAUUGCAUACACAGAUUGUACCGUAUUAUUGUAAACAAUUAGGGGACACGAUAGGAAGUAUACUGUGCGGGUGAAAGCGUUUAUGUCCGCGCGGCGAACCGCGAUCAGAGGAACAAAAAUUGCUGAUGACGACUUCACGACGGUCGAAAGAUGGAGAAAUUUUUGUUCCUAAUAGUAGAGGAUGGGCCAUAUUUGUUAAAGCGAACCGUUCGUCUUAUCUGUCGAUUAGUCGACAGAUUAAACUUUACUUAACUUAUAUUUAAUAUAUAUAUCAAGUUUUUUCUAAGAAAAUUAUACAAUUUUGUCAAACGGUACAAUUAAGAAAAUUAUAAUUAUAUAACAAUUUUUUUUGUUAAUUUCUCUAUUUAAUCACUUAUUUGAUUAUUGUUGUAAUACCUUUAUGUAUAUUUUGAUUUAAUUCUCAUUUAAUUUUUUUUCACCUUUAUAUGCAGGCAUCUGAAAUUCUCUGGCGGAUUAAUUUAAUUAAUUAAUUAAAAAUUAAUUUAAGUCUUAAGUAAAUACAAGUAAUAAGUUACAAAUUAAUUUAAAAUUUUUUGAAACAAAAAUUACAGGCGCCAACUCUUGCUUGAUUAUCUUCUCUAAGUGAUAUAUUGUAGUUUAUAAAGUUAAUAAUUUCAAAGCUAGUAUCACGUGACACUUCGGAUAACGGUUAUUUGUCAAAUUGCGAAACGUUUCUCCUCCGUACCGCGAGUUUUGAGGGAGAGCGAGCGGUUGCGCUCGCUUUUAACUGCCACUAAAAGCAAAAUAAAAGCGUCUCUGAUCGCAGGGUUCGUGUGUCAAAGGCAAAGGAACCAACCCCAUCUUUUUGUACCUUGUGUCUUAGAUGGAGCCUCGUAUUAGUUCGAAUCGGGGCUCGCGAAUGGAGUUUUGCAAAACUUGUCAUAACAUGUGUGUCGCGACUACGAUAUUCAAACUGUAGAGCUUCAACGAACGAGCGAAUAAAAUUUUAUGUUCACCAAA